AUGAUUCUAUCAACGGUGCUCCUUGUUGUUCUCCCUUGCUGUAUGGCAGCGGCAGUUCCUCUGGCUCCGAUCUAUGGGGCUCAUGUAUAUCAGCAAAAGCCUUGUGGAGGCCCGCCUGCUCUCGUCCAGGCUGAUGGCAAGUGUUAUGACUUGCGCUCGCUGAAUAUCAAGUCUGUGCAGAUUGAUAGAGCGGCGUCCUGCAUGGCCUUCACGAGCCCGACGUGCGAGUCGACGCCUAUAUCUUUGCCAGGGGAAAAGUGUAUGGACUAUCCUUUUGCUGCGGCUGUUCAAUGCGUGCUGAAGUGA